CCAAAGCAUAUCAUCGUUGCAGAGAUUGUAAAGUUGUAAAUAACACUGUCUUUAAAUCGAUUGCACGAUGGAAGACUUCAUUAGAUGUAUGUGCGUGAAUCAGAGGUGACAGACCAUCUACAUUCGAACGGGUUCGCCUUCCAAUAUUCGUUGUUUGUUUCUUGUAUCCGAUCCCACUCGAUGUCAAGUAGAACUAGCUGAACUGAAUACCACAUAACCAAUUUUAGAAAUAUGAUGUCUUUUAAAGUUCGUUGGAAACUAGAAAGGAAAUUUUUGUACAUCUACAUUUUACUUAUUUGGAACUUUUCUUCAACAUAUGGCCAAGGCUAUUUCCCGAAAUUAGAGGAUCUUGCAGUGCUAAAACCGAUCACUUCUUCUUCAACUUGUGGAGCAACAUCCAGUAAAUAUUGCCAGUCGUUGGCUAAACAGACGUCUUUGACGACUUGCGUUGAAAAGAACUGUGAAUUUGCUUGUUGUACAAAUUGUGGUUCAGCCAAGCCUGUUCCCACAGAUUUAGCGCUUACUUCAAAUAAAGUUGGAGUCACUCAAGAUGGCGAUCCGAGGAAUGGAACUAUUGUCAGAUCAUUUCGAUUUCAAGGUAAUUCAUACCUACAACCUUUGAGGGUUCCAUUUAUAAACUUCCAGAACCCUGGGUUCACUAUCAGCGUUUGGAUUAAACAGAAGGCAGGAAACAAAGGCACAAUUAUUUCUAAAGAUGAGACUACUCCUCCAAAUUUUGCCAAUGUCUUUCAACUUGUUAUCAAGGACUAUAACUUGAUGUUUUACUAUCGACCUGCCACUGGGAAUGCAUCAGUUGCUACAUACAAUCUUCUGCAAAGCCAAAGUGAAAAGCUUCAACCGAAUGAGUGGCAUUUAAUAACUGUAGCAGUUAUUGAUAAAGCACUGUCAUAUUACAUUGAUGGUGAACUUAUGAAUGCAAAUUUUGUGACUCUGAGUGAUUAUAUUGGUGACUCUGGAGGUGGUAUUCGAAUUGGACAGAAGUAUGGAGGUGAUACUGAGUGGCAGUACGAAGGCCUGAUGCAGGAUAUCUUCAUGUAUGAUAGAGCUUUGACCAACAGGGAAGCAGAAGAAGCUUUCACAGGUAUUCUUCCAACUGUUUAUGUUGCCAGUAAUUGUCGAUGUCCUCCAACUCAUCCAAAAAUAAAUGUUGCUGAACCAGCCAAGUGUCUGAAAAACUUAGAUGGAGACACCGAAACCUUGUCUCGACUCAAAGACACAGCUCAUCCAAUUGAGUUUGCCACUGAUGGUGACACACUCAGUUUCUGGCUGUCAGAGAUCACAGAAAAUGCAACCAUUCGCGUAAAUUUGGCAUAUACUGGAUUACAGGUGUUCUACAUUGUCUUGACUUUCUAUGGGCCUGUGCCAGGAGCAAUAAAGAUUGAGCGAUCAGUGGACAGUGGACACACCUAUGAGCCAUGGCAGUAUUUUGCUGAGGAUUGUGUGACCUCAUUUAAUUUACAAAACAAUGGUCCAUUGACUCAACCUGACUCUGUGAACUGUGUCCAAUACAUAAAACCCUUGCAGUCCAGCCGAGAAGUGUUGACCUUUCAGACAGAAUAUCCACCACCUCCUGGCUCCAACAUUCCAGUGCGGCCAUUUGGUUCCGGGUGCAGUAAUCUUUACUGCUCAGACAGACUGUUGCAGUUCUUAAAAGCUACUCAUGUCAAGUUUAAUUUUUACAAUCACACUUUGGUACAGAAUCCUCUGCACCGAUACUAUGGCUUGGAAAGAAUUCUUGUUACUGGCAGGUGUGAGUGUUUUGGUCAUGCAUCAUCCUUCAGCUACAUUGAAGGGAAUGAUACUCAUAUUGGACGAUGUAUUUGUGACUGUCAUCCAUCAACUAACACAGAGGGAGAAACUUGCAAUCGUUGCAAGCCAUUAUACAAUGACAAACCAUUUAGAAGAGGUGAACAUGAUGACUCAUACCCCUGUGUCAAGUGCGAGUGUAAUGAUCAUGCCAACAGUUGUCUUUACAAUCAAACUCUGGACACCAGCCCUGCCUCACGUACCCAGGGGGGAGGGGGUGUGUGUAUAGACUGUCAACACAACACUACUGGUCGUUUCUGUGAUGUGUGCAAGGAGAGAUUCUACAGGGAGUCUGGGAAGAGUCUAAAGUCGCCAGACGUAUGUUCACUCUGUGGGUGCGAGGGGCCUGGGGCAGAGCCUGGAGAGUUGGAUUGUGUAAAGGAUGAUUCUAAUUCAAGUGUAGUUGCUGGUCAGUGUGUAUGUAAAGACAACACCCAAGGCCGUCAGUGUGAUGAGUGUAAAGAUGGAUUCUAUGAUCUCAAAGCCAGCCAUGCAACUGGAUGCAUCUCAUGUGACUGUGUUCUCGAUGGCACCAUAAGCCGGAAUAUUUCAUGUCACCGAACAUCAGGACAGUGUUACUGCAAAGAUAGGGUGACAGGGAGAACAUGUAACACAUGUAAGGCAGGGUUCUGGGGUCUGUCCGGGCAUGAACCUUUAGGCUGUAAGAAGUGUGACUGUGAUCCGUUUGGAACAACAGCUGGGAGUGAAAACACUUGUAACUCAGUUACAGGGCAGUGCUCUUGCAAAGCUGGAGUGAUUGGGCGCAAAUGUGAUCAGUGUAAAGAUGGUUUCCACAGCCUUACACCAAAUGGUUGUUCAUCAUGCAACUGCUCUAUUGCUGGUACGCCAUCAUCGCUUUUGGAUCAGUGCGACAAAACUACUGGUGAAUGUACCUGUAAGCUCAAUGUGGAAGGCAAAAACUGUGACCAGUGCAAACAGGGAUUCUACAAUCUGUCACAGAGCAAUCCACAGGGGUGUGCACAGUGUGUUUGUGACACUAAAGGAACUGUGGGAGGGUCAGGUCAAUGUGAACAGCAAUCCGGAAACUGUACUUGUAAGCCAUUGGUGAUUGGUCAGACAUGCAACCAAUGUAAGCUGGGAACGUUUGGUCUUAACCAAUCAGAUCCUAAUGGAUGUCAACCAUGUAAUUGUUAUCCCAAGGGAACCAUAGAUGGUGACAAAAAGAAUCCAGAUGAACUCCAAUGUUCGAGCAAUAAUGGACAGUGCUUCUGUUUGUCCAGUGUGUCUGGGCUGCGCUGUGACUCCUGUGCAGCGGAAUACUUCUGGAAUCCAGCAGGACAGGGCUGUGUCCAGUGUCAGUGUAACCCAACCGGGUCUGUUGGGAAAAACUGCAAUGAUACUGGCCAGUGUACCUGUAAGGCAAACAUUGGUGGACUGCGGUGUGAUAGAUGUGUAGAUGGUUUUUACGGCUUUACAACAACGGGGAACUGUAUCCCUUGUAACUGUAAUGUGGCUGGCAGUCUUACCAAUCAAUGUGAUGAAACUGGACAGUGUACAUGCAAAGUUAAUGUCGAAGGGAAACAGUGUGACAAGUGUAAAAACGGAACCAUAAAUCUUCAACAGAACAACAAGUAUGGCUGCAGCGGAGCCCCAUCUGAGCAGCCUGCACCGUUUGUAACAGUUCUCUCGUCCCGUGCAAUAAUGUUAACAUGGUCUCCACCAGACAAUCCUAACGGCAUCAUCCUGCGCUAUGAGCUGUACAGAAAUGAUACCCUGGCUUACACUGGACUGAACCAAACAUUCAAUGACACUGGUCUCACUCCUGACUCUGUCUACUAUUAUUACAUCAUUACCUUCACCGAAUCCGGUCAGACAAGAAGUUUAGACGACGGAAACGUGUACCGCACUUUCCAAGACGCGCCAGGAGGCAUGUCCGCGCCUGUUAUCACAAAUAUUCUGCCCAGGAAUGCAACUGCUUCAUGGCAGCGUCCCAGUAUGCCAAAUGGUCGUAUCACCGAAUAUCGUCUGAUAUCUACCAAUAGCCGAAGUUCAGUUGAAGUUGUAAACUGUCGAGGUGUUAUUUUCAUGUGUAAGUUGGGGAAUCUUAAACCCUACACUGUCUACAAUUUCUCAGUGGUGGCUUGUACCAAUGGUGGAUGCGCUCGUAGUAACGUUACAACCAUCCUGACGCUGCCAACACUUCCAGAUUUCCAGCCCGCACCAAAUGUGACGUCACUUCCGGGAGGCACUGCAGUGAGGGUGGCAUGGGACGAGCCGUCCGAGCCGAACGGAAGAAUACUUCGUUAUGAGCUUUACAUGCGAGCAGACGGAGACACAAGCGACGGAGUCUUGAAGUUCAACAGCAAUCCUGCGCAUGACCCAACUACCAUCAAUUUUAGAGAGACGAACGUGACAGGACUUGUUCCAUUCAAGGUUUAUGAGUUCAGGGUGCGAACAUUCACUGCGCAAGUCAAGGGAGACCGAGAUAGUAAUUGGACAAAGCAUAGGACUGGCGAAGGAACUCCACUCGGCGAAAAUGUCAUGAACACUGGUGCUAAUGCCUUUAACAGUAGUGCUGUAAUAGUUUCCUGGAGUCCUCCUCAGACCCCCCAAGGUGUCAUCACUCGCUACGUCAUUUACAAGUACCAGCCUCCCUCUAACUCAACAGCCGUGAUGGCUGUGGAGGUGCCUGGAUCUGAGCGACAGGGCAUGGUCGUCGGGCUGCAGCCGUACACUCAGUAUAAAUUUACAGUAACAGCUUGUAACAGUUUUGCAUGCUCGGGGCAUAGUCCGCAAGCUCUUGCGCGGACAUUAGCAGCAGCUCCCGAAGAACAGGGAACUCCCUCGGUCCUCUCAGUUGAUUCAUCAACCGUGUACCUCAGAUGGCCUCAACCCCAGAUUCCUAACGGUCCUCUACCGCCAAGUUACAACCUGAGCCGAGCUUACUCAGCCUUGUACUUCCCACCCCCUGUGGUGUCAGAAGGCGUGCAUUUUCCGGGUCUUGGAUUCUACAAGUUUCCUUCGGACUUCGUUCAAGCCGGUGCGAGAAAUGACAUCCAGUUCUGGUUUCGCACCAAGUAUGCGUCUGGUUUGCUUCUCUUUCUGGCCUCUGAUGGCUCACAAACUGACAUGUUAGCAAUUCAACUAAAGGAUGGAAAGCCAUGGUUGAUAUUUGAUAGUCAGGAUGGCCCUGCUGCCUUCACAAUUAACCAGCCAGUCCGCUUCGACGAUGGUGAGUGGCAUCUAUUGAAGGUGUCACGUGUCAGCCGCCGGGGGACACUUACGGUGGAUGGUUACCAAGCCAGUCAGGAUAAUCCGGGCGCCGCCACCGUGAUAUCGGCAAACACUGGGGUUUACAUUGGGGGUCUCCCUUCCUCCUUUACAAUUCUUCGAACUGACACAGGAAACUCCAAAAUUGAAAAGAUCAGUUUCAUCGGCUGUAUACGUGAUGUCACUUCAGAACAGGCUGCUUCUGUUUCAAAGCAGCUUGAUUGGACUUCUGCUUUAGAAGCGGUCAGUGUCGAGCCUCAGAGAAAUGGAUGUCCAGAGAGAGAUAACAAAAGAGCCUUGUUCCUCAGAGGCGGUGGCUAUGUCGCUGUGGACUCAAAUAUAGCGGACAUUUUUACAAAUAACAUAUUUAGCUUUACCUUGAAGUUCCGCACUCAGCUGUCAUCAGGGAUGCUUCUAUUUGCGCACGGAUCAACAACCAUUUUUUCUAUUCAAUUUUCUGACAAUCGAGUUGAAACGAAAUACGUCACGACUAGUGUACGAGACAAUGUGACAGUUCAGCUGCCUUUCGGUGAAAUUUGUGAUGGACAAUGGCACAACAUGACUUGUACUAAUUUCAACAACAAGUUAACUGUCGUCCUCGAUGGUAAGACUGAAGUUGGAACUGGAAUAACUAACCUAAAGAUUCAAUCCAGCAUAUUCAUCGGAGGGGUACCGUGGGGUUCUUCGACCGAGACAAUCGCCCGACAGGCUGGAGUGACAGUAGAGUCGUCUUUUGGUGGUUGUAUAAUUUUUCAAUCUGCGGCGAAAGAGAUCGAUUACGUAAAGGCAGUAACGGACAUGCAUAAUGCGGACCUUGAUGGCUGCCGCCCAGCGUCCACAGUAGCGACCAGCGGUCAAAUAGGAACAUGUUUGCCCUUUAAUAGUUCUAUGGUGUAUUCUGGGAAGACAGAGAUAUUUAAUGACUCAACCGCGAACGUUUUCACCGAUUACCUGUACCGUGUGGAAAGUUACCAUGAUGGAACUUCAGGUUCCGCUAAAAGCGCAUGGAUGUCGACACGUAGUGGUCAGGGAGCCCCAAGUGGUCUCCAGGCUCCUAUUCAGUUAGUGCCUCUACCCGGUGGCGAAACAGUGAUAGUAACCUGGUCACUACCGGAGCGGCCCAAUGGAGUGAUAACAGAGUAUAGGAUACUAUCCUACCGUGUGAACCCCUCUGGGACGCCGGCAAUUGAGACAGUCAUCACAGAUACUAGUGUACUUAACGCUACCAUCUCUGGUCUUCAACCCUAUACCACUUAUGACAUCAGAAUUCAGGCCUCUACGGUCGGGGGAAGUUCAGUGGGGCCUGCUAAAAACGUCACGACUGAAGAAUCAGUUCCAGAGAAUGUCCCAGGCCCUACCGCUGUCCGACGUCCCAAAGAGCUUGUAGUGCAUUGGACCGAGCCCGGACGUCCAAAUGGAGUCAUUACCCAAUAUAAUCUGACCCUGGAUGGACAAUUGGUGUUCAGCGGAACAGACAACAACUUCACAAUACGGAACUUACAGGUCUAUACAGAAUACCUCCUACAGCUAACAGCCUGCACAAGAAUCGGCUGCGCUCAAGGACCGGAAGUCCGUUUAAGAACCGGGGUUCCAGAGAAUGUCCGAGGCCUUACCGCUGUCCGACGUUCCAAAGAGCUUGAGGUACACUGGACCGAGCCCGAACGCCCUAAUGGUGUUAUUAUCCAAUAUAAUCUGACCCUGGAUGGACAAUUGGUGUUCAGCGGUACAGACAACAACUUCACCAUACGGAACUUACAGGUCUAUACAGAAUACCUCUUACAGCUGACAGCGUGCACAAGAAUCGGCUGCGCUCAAGGACCGGAAGUCCGUUUAAGAACCGGGGAACUACCCCCGGAGGGAGUCUAUACACCAGUGGCUUUUGUGCGUGGUACAACGGAGGUUGAAGUAAACUGGCGGUACCCUAAUAUUACAAAUGGGGUAAUCGUACGUUAUGAAAUACUAUUUGCAACCUGUGAAAUUUUAGACGCAUACGUUUCAAAAUUUAACGCCACCCCUGAUGUGUUCAGCACAAUUAUUUCAAAUCUCACGGCAGGGACAUUGUAUUACGUUCGAGUGCGCCCCUUCAGUGGAGGUGGCGGGACAUUUAGUGGAGCAGCUCAGGUAACGACACACGAGGAUGUCCCUGAUGAUAUCCCAGCACCUCUUGUAAUUGCUCUCAGUCCAUAUGCUCUAUUUGUGAUUAUGUUGGCACCGGGAAAACCGAACGGUGUCAUCUUAAACUAUGAAUUGUACCAAGAUGCGGUUUCAGAGCGUGUGUUGAAUGAAUCACAGCUUACGAAUUACACAGCGGUUCAAUUAAAACCAUACAGCCUUCAUACUUUCCGCGUUCGAGCUUGCACUGCACAAGGGUGCGCUUAUGGAAAAAAAGCUGAGGCUUAUACGAAAGAAAUCGCACCGAAUGGAACUGUUACUCUUACUGCCCGUGUCCGCAAUGCUACAGCGGUUGACGCAAACUGGACACGGGUGGCUUUGCCGAACGGAAAGUUGUUUUAUAACUUAAUGUUGUAUGGAAAAUUUGUCAUCUUUGACUCGGCUAACUUGAGAACUGAGGAUCGUAUUGAAACUGCUAUUUCUGUUGAGGAAGCUGAAAAACUGUUCACAUACAAUGGCCUUCUUCCAUCCAGUGAUUACAGGCUCUGGGUGAAUGCGUCGAAUUCUGUUGGGUUUAUCCUGAGUAACAAUAUUACUGUGUCCACCCCUGAAGGAGAUGUUGAUGAAUGCACAAGUUUUACCCACGAUUGCCACUCACAGGCGACUUGUAGUAUCACGGAUGGUACAUUGAUUUGUACCUGCAAAGAAGGUUAUGUUGGAGAUGGUCGACAAUGCGCAGGUAAACUUUAUCAAUACACAGCCUACACUGGACUGAACCGAAAAUUCAAUGACACUGGUCUCACUCCUGACACCGUCUACUAUUAUUACAUCAUUACCUACACUGAAUCUGGUCAGACUAGAAGUUUAGACGACGGAUACGUGUACCGCACCUUCCAAGACGCACCACGUGGAAUUUCUGCACCGGUCAUCACAGAUAUUCUACCCAGGAAUGCAACUGUUUCAUGGCAACCUCCCAACAUGCCAAAUGGUCGUGUCACCGAAUAUCGGCUGAUAUCUAUCAAUAGCCGAAGUUCAGUUGAAGUUGUAAACUGUCGAGGUGUUAUUUUCAUGUGUAAGUUGGGGAAUCUUAAACCAUACACUGUGUACAAUUUCUCAGUGGUGGCUUGCACCAAUGGUGGAUGCGCUCGUAGUAACGUUACAACCAUCAUGACGCUGCCAACACUUCCGGAUUUCCAGCUGGCACCAAAUGUGACGUCACUUCCGGGAGGCACUGCAGUGAGGGUAGAAUGGGACAAGCCAACCGAGCCGAACGGUAGAAUUCUUCGUUAUGAGCUGUACAUGCGCCUAGACGAAGACACAAGCGACGGAGUCUUGAAGUUCAACAGCAAUUCUGUCCAUGACCCGAACGUUAUCAUCUUCAGAGAAGCGAACGUGACAGGACUGGUUCCAUUCACGGUAUAUGAGUUCAGGGUGCGAACAUUUGUUGCGCAAGUCAUGGGGGACCGAGUUAGUAAUUGGACAAGGCAUAGGACUGGCCAAGGAAUUGAGAGAAGUUUUGAUUAUGAGAUAUUAGACAGCCUCCGUGUGGUGUUAGGGAAACACUAA